AUGAGGGGUAAUUUUCCAACUUCUGUCUGUGGCCAACCAAGGACAAACGUUGUGUUUCUAAAGACUUAUAAGACUGCCAGUACCACAGUCGCAUCCAUACUAGUGCGUUAUGGAAUAAACCGGAAUUUAUCAUUCGUGUUACCGUCCGGCCAUGUCGGAGAUUGGUUUUCAAGAACACAUCGCUUCAACAGUAAAAUGGUGAAAAGCAUGCUCCCACCUCUUCCAGGUACCGGCUACAGUAUGCUAGUUAGCCAUGUGCCGUUCAACAAGACGGCUAUUGCUGAAGUGAUUCCAAAUGCCAUAUAUAUAACGAUUCUGCGACAUCCCGUCGAUGCUUUCGAAUCAAUAUUUGGAUUCUUCCGAAUUCCGCGUUACCUGAACAUCUCAGCCAAUACAAAUCAAGAUCCUCUGGAGGUGUUUCUCUCCAACCCUAAGAAAUACAUCAAACGCGCGAGUGAUCCUUACCAUAAGACAUUAUUAAGAAAUAGGCAAAUAUUUGACGUUGGACUUGACCGUGAUUACAAUGACAACGAUAUAGCUAUAGACACUGUGAUUGAGAGAGCAGCAUCAGAGUUUGAUUUGGUGAUGAUAGCAGAGUAUUUUGACGAAUCUCUUGUUCUGUUAAAGAAGAUCCUAUGCUGGAGUUUUGAUGACAUUAUUUAUAUAAAACAAAAUAAAAGAAGUGAUGUUCUUCGAUUUGGGCUAAACGACUGGAAACGGCAGCGUAUAUUGGAAUUAAAUUCGGCUGAUUAUAAACUCUAUCAACAUUUUAACAGAACGUUGUGGAUUAAGAUCGAAUCGUGCGGUGAUGAAUUUAAUAAUGACUUGGCAAUAUUUCGAAGCAUGCUACAGAAGAUGCAUUCUGAGUGCGUUGACGAUGACAAACACGAGAGUGACAGUAACGACAGGAGAGCUGUCACGUUUCUCAAAGACAGUGCCCCGAGUCAUUGCAAUGUGAUAAAAGGAAAUGACGAUUUUACUGGCAUUAUCGCAAGGCAAAAUAUUAGUUUUACGUCUGCAAAGAAUCAAUAA